GAUAAACAAAACCGUUAAUCAAUUUUUUUUUGGAAUUGUGUGUAUCAUUCAAAUAAACGAAAAGAAAAAAUCGAAAUUUACUAAUCGAACCUCAGGUUAAACACAUUAUUAUUUUUUUUCAUCGACGAAUGUGAAUAAAUCAUGAACAAUAUGAAAUUAGCAACAACGACGACGAUGAUGACAUUCAUAACGAAAAUGAUGACAAAACAAUUAUAUAUUCUAUUCAUAUUGAUAACGGCCUUAUCGAUUACUGGGCCGUUUAUUUCGUUUAAUUCAAAAUAUUAUGGAACACAAUUAAUACGACAUCCAAUUGAAUCGACUAAAGAUAUGAUUAAAGAUCAGAAUUUUGUCAUCAUUCUUGAUGGUGGUAGUACCGGAACACGUAUCCAUAUAUUUGCAUUCGAAAUUAAUUUUGAUAUUAAACAACAACGAAUUCUAUUGGAACGUGAAGAUUUUUUCCACACAACACCGGGUCUAUCAUCAUUUCAUCAUAAUCUAACGGAAUUGUCCAAAAAUCUUCGACCAUUAAUUGGUAAAGCAUUGGAUAUUGUACCUGGUUUUCUUGCCGAUCGAACACCAAUCAUAUUGAAAGCAACAGCCGGAUUACGUUUACUUUCGAAUCGUGAUGCUAAUCGUAUUCUUCAACAUGUACAUCAACAAUUUCGAUCGUUACCAUUUAAAGUUGAUGAUGAUUCUGUUACGAUGCUCGAAGAAAAUGAUGAAGGUCUUUUUGCAUGGUAUACGGUAAAUUUUCUGCUACAUAAACUUCAUAAAAUUAAUGAAUCAAUUGCUACGUUGGAUUUGGGUGGUGGCUCAACACAGAUAACAUUUUCUACAUAUAAUAUGAAUACAUUGAUUCGAUCACAUCAAUAUAUUGUACAAAGAAAUAUUGAAGGUGAACAGGAAUUUAUCUAUACACAUUCAUAUCUAGGUCUUGGUCUGAUGUCAGCACGUCGUUCAAUUCUGGCUAAUGAUAUUGAUCAUUCAAAAUCAUCAUCAAUCAAAACAGAAUAUAAUCAUCAUCAUGAAUAUUGGAUACGUAGUCCUUGUUUUAAAAUUCUACAUAAUGAAACAUAUCAUUGGCAACAGGAUCAGAUUGUUUUUCAUAUUCAAUAUAAUAAUGAUGGUGAUGGUCAACGUACAUGGUUCGAAUGUUUAUCACGUGUUGAACAUUUUGUUAUUGAUGCCAAUAUUGAUAGGCCAGAAGAGCUUCAACAUCGGGAAAUAUAUGCAAUAUCAUAUUUUUAUGAUCGUAUGAAAGAUAUCAAAGUAAUACGUAACGAUAGUGGUCGUGUACGUGUUGGUGAUUUUUUUCUUUACGCCGAAAAUGUUUGCCGUGGUAUGAUCCGGAUACGGCAACAGAAUCCAUUUCUUUGCGUCGAUUUAACCUAUAUUGCUUGCUAUCUUCAUUAUGGCCUUGGAAUACCGAUGACAAAAGAUAUAAUGUUGGUGAAAAAAAUUAAUGGAAUUGAAAUUAGCUGGGCACUUGGUGCUGCUAUUAAUCUUUUUCAUCAUUAAACAUUUUUUUUCAAAUUUCAAA